GUGUGUGAGUGUGUGUAAAUAACCUCAAUGUCCACCACCAAUGAAUUAGAGUCGGGGACGGUGGAGUGCUCAGCGAGAGCGAUGUUGUCUUUGCCGGCUAACGAACUGCGCCUGGACUUUAUCAGCUCGUUCACAUUGAGUUCGCUGCGACUGAAGCAGGACAAAUGGCAUCGAAUGAUGGCCACCGAGUCUUUUCGCGUCAUUAUGUUUGAUUGGCUGCAUGGCGCGCAGCAGCGCAUCCUGGUUAUGACGCUCAAUCAUAGCGGAUAUUUGGUACCGAAAAUUGGGCUCACUGAGUUGCACCACAAUUAUGCACUGCAGUCAUCCCUAAGCUCAACAACAACAGCAUCAGCAGCUAUCACUGAUCCAUGUUCAACUGCCGUUGUGGCAUCUGCAGCUGCAGUUGCAGCAGCUGCAGUGUUGAUGCUGCCAAUGCCACCACCUUCCAGCAGCUUCUCGACGCUCGAUGGUGUGCCGCGUGGCAAAUGCGUUUACUUUGUGCGUCGAAGCGCGGACAUACCGCUGACCGCGGCUAAUUUCCGUACGCAAAUACUUUGCGGCGAUUUGCCAGUGCACAGCAAAAUAGAGACCCUAUCGCUGCUUUUCGAUGAAAUAUUUCAGCCGCUGCUCGAAUGUCCACUCAAUCGGAAAUCAUGGCCGAAGCCGGUGCAGAAGGAUUUGCAAAUACGCACCAAGGAAGUGCGCAACACGCUAGUUGAGAUCAAGGGGAAAACUAACAAUCGCACAAUUUUAUCAUUGCUAGUUGGACCAACCACCAUCGAAGAAGUAGCAACAGAUGUUGAUCAGGGUAAUUUAGCAUCGGCUAUCGAACCAAAGUUCCGUGCAGCGCUCGAGGAGAUGUACAUUAACUGGACAACACAGAUACACGAAAUACUUAUCGAGCGUUCGAAAUGCACCGCCAGCAUGCAAACAAGGUGUACCCUCGAACAAAAUAAAAGUGUAGUGCCUGUAGCACUACCUGCACACGAAAUCACCUACUGGACUAACCGCAAGCAAAAUUUGCAAAAUAUUUACGAGCAAUUGCGCACACCAACGCACAAAACACUUACACACAUUCUCAAAAGCAUCGAUUCAGCGUACUAUGAACCGUUUGUACAGGUAUUCAAACGUUUGGUAUGCGCCUGGCAUGAAGCCGAAGACAACACGCUAUGGCUGACGCCGCUACUGCGGCAAACAGCUGCAUUCAACGCUGUCAAUUUUCAUGCAGCCACCGAGCUGGUGAAUCCUUUAGUGCAUGUAUUACACCUCAUUUGGACACAUGCACGUUACUAUCGCAGCACACAACGCAUGACGGUGCUACUGCGGUGCAUUUGUCAGCUGUUGGUGCGACGUGCCAGCGAGGAUCUGGAAUUUCCAUUACUGUUUCAGGGCGACGCCGAUGAGGGCUUGACCAAAAUAACUAAGUCAAUUGAAGUUAUGGAGCAAUUUAAAUGCAAAUUGUUGGAGUAUAAAGAAAAGUAUUCUAGCAAUCAGCCACUGCUGCCAGCUCUGCCAAGCACAUCACGAGCGGCGGCAGUGGCGAUAGCAUCUACAGAAUCGAACGCUAACAAUAGCACAGCGCAUGAGCUCUGGCGUUUUUCACCCGCAGACGUAUUUGGUUAUACACUUAAUGGUUUUUUGGCGCAACUAAACGAUAUGCGAAAACUAUUUGAGGCAGCAGUAUCGUUUCAGAAUCUUGAGAAAAUAGAAUUUGGCGGCAUGCGCGGCAAGCAGCUGAACGAGCGCGUUCGGCAGGUGCACACACAAUUCAAGGAGCUCUUUGAGCAAUGGACUUUAACAGAAUUUGUUGCACCACAGCUGGAUACCCAACAGCCAAACAACAACAAAUGGGCGCAUUUCAAACGACAAUUACGCAACUUUUUCGAGCAAAUACACGCGCUGGAGCAGAAACUAGCUACGAUAUUCGUGCAGGCCUACAAGGACUGCCAAAACUGGGAGCAAUUAACUAAGCUGACGAUAAUGCUUGGCAGUGGCAUUCUACAACGCCGCACUAUUCUGCCGGAACUGUGUGUCAUUGAUUCCCAUCUCCUUCAUAUCUACGGCGAAGAGCUACAGCAGCUGGAAGGUUCGGUGCAUGAAGUGCUGUUGGAAUUCGAAUUUCGUGGUGUGUCUGCCGUACCCAUUCAACGGGGAUUCCCACCCACCGCCGGUGCUCUAAUGUGGCUGGAACAGCAUAUGCAACGCACAGACGCUCUGGCAUGUCGUGAAUUGCAUAAAUUUUUGAUAAAAAUGCUCCAUAGCGCUGACAGCGAUAGCGUGAGGAGCGAAGCAAUUAGUAAUGCUGCUAGCGGCAAUAACAUCGCCGCCAACACAGAAUACUUCAAUGAGUUUUGGAAUCGAGGUGUGGCCACAGAGGAGACCGCCAACACAGCAGACGCCUAUAAACGACUAAAUACACGACGCGAUAUUUUGACAACAAAGCUUACCAAUUUGCAGUUGAAAAUCUGGCACAAUUGGCAGCAAACAAUAGACAAAAGGAUUACCAAAGGACUUGACGCACGUGUGAUGUCCCUGGGCGGCAAUACCAGCAGCAUGAGUGGCAACAACAGCAACAAAGAACAUUCAACCGGCACAAGAGCAAAUUACACCUUUGGCGUGAAUUUCCGAAGCGCAAUCACCGCAGCGCUGGCGGAAUCGCGCAAAGCCAAUAGCAAUGAAAGCAACAGCGAUUGCCAACAAAGCCACACCAACAAUAUCAAAGACGAACUAAUGUCGUCAUCAAAAGCAAAAUCAUUGCAAAUGAAUUUCUCGCCAGAUUUAUUUGGACUUUUGCAAGAAGCUAAGUAUUUGCUGGCAAUGCAGCAGACAAACAGCGUGCGGCGGGGUAGCAACAGCAGUAGCAACGACAUUAGCAUCAACAAUAUAUCACUGAACGAGGCUGCCGGCGCCAUGGAAACCACACAAGCUCAACAUGAAUUAGAAAACCAAUCGUCAGUUGAAGCAGCAGAAGUAGGAGCAACGGUAUACCCGUCGGCGUGUACAAAUGUGUCGAUGGCACAGCAGCAACAACAAAAACUAUACGCAUUGGAGAGCAUUUUACUGAAUUUGUACGUUGGAAGAGACGAGUUUUGGCAACGCAAAGUGAAACUCAUCAAAAUUCGUGAAUUUUACAAUGGCAUUCGUGGACUUGCUGCUGAUGAUGGUUGCGAUGGCGGCAUCAUUGGCAGCGCUGCAGAGUUGCAAUUGAUUCGCCACGAAGUGGACACAAUUGACAAGCGCGUGAGGGAGGCCUGUGCCAAACUCACAUGGCGCGCGUAUGAUAUCGCUUUGAUGAAUGAAAUCUAUGAAUGUUCAGAACAACUCUACAAUCGCUUAAAGCAAACACAACGCAACCUAUUGUCCAUUGUUCAAAGCAUACGGCGCUGGAGUCGUGAGCCCCUCUACCAACGCAAUGCCUAUGGGCGAAAUCUAUUGGACGUACAACAACAACAAGAACGUUUGCGUCAACGACGCAUGCAAUGUGACGAAACACGGCGGCUAUUGAAUCGGCUGUUGAUUGCCAAUUUUUGUUUAUUUUUCGAUUAUGAUCAGCAACGUUGUGAAAUUGAAGGACAUGACGACCAAUGCAUUCAAGAAUUUUUACGCAAAUUUCCUACUAUCCAAAGACGCAGCUACAACAAAUACUUGGCCGAAGUUGAAGCAUUAAUCAAUCGAGAAGUGCGAGUGGCUAUAAAAGUCAGUUUAGCGUAUUUUCACAACCAAAUGGCAAGCGCAAACGAAACUCAAGCAACGCUGUUGACAACGACAACAACAAAAACAACACCAAACACUGUAGCGAAUACGUGGACCAGCACACCUACGAAUGAUGAUGACACAGUCACGGGGGUGCAUACAAUCAAUUCACCUCAUAAUCAAGCAGAGGCGACAGCAGGUAGCGCACAACAGUUGUUGUUACCACGCCCACAAACACCAACAAACACGGCGAUGAAACUGGCACCACGUACAACAACAACAACUAAUAGAGUAGGUUCUGCAAUCAGCAGCAGUGCCAUUAAAACGGCCCACCAUCACCACCAACUAAACAGACAAACUGUAAUGUCUGCGGCAACCGCAAUGCCUCUUUUUGAGGUGAAAUUAGAGUUGCUGCCAGCCGAAACGUUGGCAGACGCGAUGACUGGAACGGAUGCGCUAUAUACAAAUACGGAAAUACGUUUCGUGCCAUCAUUCAAAGUGAGUGUAGAAAAUAAUUUUCAACAAAUUGUCGAGCAGCUGCUGGAGGACAUACAACAGACUAGCCACGACUGCAUGCCACGACGGAUUGUUGACGACAAGGCGUUGUCUGAUGAAAACGAAGACAACGACGAAGAUGAAAGUAGUGGCAACAAAAGCAAAAGCACCCACGAUAAUAGUGACGGUGAUGGUGAUGGUGACGACAAUGCCGACGAUGACGGUGGGGUAGACGCAGCUAAAUGUAAUAAUAAUGAAUACGUUGCGCAAGGUAAAAACCUUGAAAGGUAUGCGCGGUUGCAGCACAAACGGGGCAAAGUAGAAAGACAGCGGCAACUACCCACGGCUAUGACGUCGUUGUAUGAGGUGGCAGCGGCAAAGCGUCAGCAGCUGCAUCAACUAGCGUACAGACUGGGUAGAUGUCGCGUCUCACAGAGGGGCAGCGAAGGCGCAUCGACGGAGGGCGCAACAUCGGCAACUGACACAGACAUCUCCUCCGAUGAACUACGCCAGCUAAAUGCCGACAUACGAACGGCACUUGCAACAACUAUUCACGACGCGGAACGUUUUGCCGCGCAAUUCAAUUCGUACACUUUUCUAUGGGAGCAACAGCGUGAACAGAUGUUACAGACUACUUUGCAAGUCGCGCGCGAAAACGAAGCUGUCACUGGGAAGGGAUAUGCCAUCAUGGAAGCAUUCAAAAUGCAGAUUGAUCGCUACAAUGAACACCAUGAAUCCAUCGAGCAACUGGCCGGCCAACAACGCAUAAAUGGCUGGUUGAGUAUUGACUUGAAUCCGCUGAAGUAUGCGUUACUUAACCAUGUCUGCAAAUGGGCGCACCUACACAAACGCUGGCUGCUACACUAUGUAGAGCGUACUCUAAAUGAGCUCACCAAUUUCAUUAGCCAUGGCCUGGCAAUUCUUCAAUUGCCCGUAGGCACGAAGAACUUCCAACGCCUCCUUCGCGUGCUGGCCGUUAUGGCACAAAUUCGUAAGCACGCCUUCUAUGCAGAUAAUAUGUUCAAGCCUCUAAGGGAUAUUAUUGCCUUGUUGAAAACAUAUAACGUUGAAUUUGAUCAGCAACUUUUGCGUGACAUCGAUCAUUUACCACUACAGUGGAAGCAUCUGAAGGAUGUUGCUGCCGCACGUUCGGAGGCGCUGGAGAGUGCGCAGUGCUACCAGAAAGAGCGGGUUAAUGCCAUGGUCGUCAUAUAUAUGUGUCGCCUACAGAAUUACGCUAAGCAGUUUCCACGUUUGCCAUUCUUCUCUGUCCCUUGCCCCAAUGUGUAUGACCACUGUGAUAAAGUUUGUGCGCGCUUGGAUUACUUUGCUUCCCUUCAUCGCCGCUACCUUCGCUAUGCUACGCUGCUAGGCAUUGAUGCAGCGGAUUCAACAAUAUUGCAGUUAUGUGCUGCCGAAGUGAAACGCAUUAAGCAACUGUGGGACUAUGUCUACGUCAUUGAAUCGUGUAUAGUGGAGUGGCAUGCCACACCGUGGUAUAGCAUCGACACGGACGAGUUGGAAACUGAAUGCAAAAAGUUUACACGCGAUCUACGCACUCUCGACAAAUGCAUUCGCGAUUGGGCGCCCUAUGCUUACAUUGUAGAUAUCCUGAAGGAGUUGAUGGCAUCAUUGCGCGCCAUUACAGAGUUACAAAAUCCAGCUAUCAGCGAACGGCAUUGGCUUGAGUUAAUGCAAGCAACCAAGCUGUCUUUUAAAUGUAAUAACAACACCUCCCUGGAGCAACUACUUCAACUGAAACUUCAUUUGCAUGAGGAGGAAAUAAAAAACACCGUCGAUCGCGCAGUCAAAGAAAUGACAGUCACCAAAGUGCUAGAUGAAAUCAAGAUCACCUGGACGCGCAUGCGCUUCGAAACAGAAAGACACCAGCGGCGUACGGAAGUGCAUUUACUUAAAGUAUCUGAAGAUCUAAUGGAAACGCUAGAUGAUAACCAAAUGCAAUUGCAAAAUAUCGCCACAUCGAAGAAUAUUGAAUAUCUACUCGAUAAGCUUAUCUACUGGCAACGUAUUCUAACUGACAUCGAUACACUGAUCGGCAGCUGGUUUGAUGUGCAACGUAAAUGGGUUUACUUGGAGGCGAUUUUCAUCGGCACUGCCGAUAUACGCGCUCAAUUGCCGUCAGACGCUGCACGCUUCGAGAUAAUCGACAGCGAGUUCACACAGCUGCUUGCCGAAGUGAUACAUAUUGGAAUCGCUAUGAAAAUCGUGUUGCAGUGUGAUCAAAUUUUCAAAACGUUAACUAUGCUGCAGCAACGCUUGGCUGUAUGCGAGAAGGCUCUAAACGAUUAUCUGGAAACAAAACGUAUGGUUUUCCCACGCUUCUACUUCAUAUCCGCAGUCGAUCUGCUCGAUAUACUCUCAAAUGGCAACUCACCACGCAUAAUUGAUCGCCAUUUGAUCAAGCUUUUCGAUUCUAUACUACGACUUCAGUACGUUUCGUGCACUGAAAGCGGUCCCUACAGGGCGAUCGGUAUGUAUUCGAAAGAGAAUGACGAGUAUGUCCGUUUUGCAGCAGCUCACAUGGUCGAACCUUAUGUGGAGUGUGCAGAGCGUGUAGAGGUGUGGUUAAAUGGUGUAAUAUUGCAGAUGCGUAAUACGUUGCAUGAACUCUUUCGGCGCGCACUGCAUGCACACGUGAAUAAACCGCGCGAAUUAUGGCUGCACGAGUGGCCUGCACAGGUCGCGUUAUGUUGCAGUCAAAUCGCUUGGGCAGCAGAUGUGAAUCGUGCAUUUGCAUGGAUGGAUGAGGGUUAUGAGGCGGCUAUGAAGGACCUCCACAAGCGACAGAUGACGCAACUGAAUUCACUCAUCAACUUGCUGUUGGGCGAACUCACACCCGGCGAUCGUCAAAAGGUAAUGACUGUUUGCACGAUCGAUGUGCAUUCGCGCGAUGUGGUCGGCAAGAUUAUACAAGCUAAAGUCGAUAGUGCGCUAGCAUUUCAGUGGCAAAGUCAGUUACGACAUCGCUGGGAUGAUGCUAUGCUCGAAGCAGAGCGCCGACCAGCAGCAGCUGACGAGGACUGUUUUGCGAACAUCUGCGAUGCGGAAUUCCGCUAUGCCUACGAAUAUCUUGGUAAUACUUCGCGCCUGGUUAUUACACCCCUGACGGAUCGAUGCUACAUUACACUGACGCAGUCGUUGCAUCUUGUAAUGGGCGGUGCACCUGCUGGACCAGCUGGUACUGGCAAAACUGAAACCACAAAAGACUUGGGACGAGCACUCGGCAUGAUGGUCUAUGUUUUUAAUUGCUCUGAGCAAAUGGACUAUAAAUCUUGUGGUAACAUUUAUAAGGGACUAGCACAAACCGGUGCCUGGGGUUGUUUCGAUGAAUUCAAUCGUAUUGCAGUGGAGGUACUCUCGGUUGUAGCCGUGCAGGUGAAGACAAUACAAGACGCCAUUAAGAUGCAUCGAAAUCGCUUCACAUUCAUGGGCGAGUCUAUCGCUCUGGUGCCAUCUGUGGGCAUAUUCAUUACGCUUAAUCCCGGUUAUGCUGGACGUACUGAAUUGCCCGAAAAUUUAAAGACACUCUUUCGCCCUUGCGCAAUGGUUGUACCGGACUUUGCGCUAAUCUGCGAAAUCAUGCUUAUGGCUGAAGGCUUCCAAGAUGCCCGUAUGCUCGCACGCAAGUUUAUAACACUUUACACACUGUGCAGAGAAUUGUUGUCCAAACAAGAUCACUACGAUUGGGGUUUGCGUGCAAUCAAGUCCGUGCUGGUGGUGGCGGGCACACUGAAGCGUGAUGACCAUAGUCGCCCGGAGGAUCAGGUACUCAUGCGUGCUCUGCGCGACUUUAAUAUUCCGAAAAUUGUUACCGAAGACGUUGCUAUAUUCAUGGGUCUCAUCGGCGAUCUUUUCCCCACGUUGGAUGUACCACGCAAGCGCAUCUUUGACUUUGAGAAGACUAUACGACGUGCAGUUAACGAGAAUAAAUUACAACCUGAAGAAGGUUUUCUGAUGAAAGUGGUGCAGCUGCAAGAUCUUCUGGAUGUGCGGCAUUCGGUGUUUAUUGUUGGCAAUACUGGUACGGGUAAAACGAAGAUUUGGCAAACACUACUUGAAACCUAUCGCAUACAGAAAUUGAAACCUGUAUGCAGCGUACUCAACCCAAAAGCGCUAUCCAAUGAUGAACUUUUUGGUGUCGUUAAUCCAACAACACGCGAAUGGAAAGAUGGACUUUUCUCGUCGAUAAUGCGCGAGCAAACGAAUAUGCCAGCAGGUAAUCCCAAGUGGAUGGUGCUUGACGGCGACAUCGACCCCAUGUGGAUAGAGAGUUUGAAUACCCUAAUGGAUGACAACAAAAUAUUAACACUCGCAAGCAACGAAAGGAUCACCUUGAAGCGUGAAAUGCGGUUACUUUUCGAGGUGGGACACCUCAAGGCGGCCACACCAGCAACAGUUUCCAGAGCCGGUAUUUUAUACAUUAAUCCUCAAGAUAUGGGCUGGGCUCCAUAUGUGCUGUCAUGGAUAGAAACGCGUAGUGACCCCAUUGAAAGAGGAACACUCACUACCCUUUUUGAGAAGUACUUCCCCAGCCUUAUGACACGACAACGUACAUUCCGGCGUACGACACCGAUUAGCGAAAUGGCCAUGAUACAAAUGACUUGUCAUUUACUCGAGAGCCUACUGCACAACCUGAAGCAGGUAAUUGAAAGUGUAAAAGUAAAUGCAAGAGAAAAAUUAUUAAUCACUGAAAAUAGAAAUCGCUGCAUGGCGAUGAGAUUGGUUGAGUUUACACACCUUAUGAAUCAUAGUGAAGCUGCAGCCAGUUCCUUGGAUCUAUCCAUCGAAUUAGUAUUUAUCUACGCAACAAUGUGGGGAUUCGGAUCGGCUUUGCACCAGGACCACAUUAUUGACUCGCGCCGUGAAUUUCAUAAAUGGUGGACAAGUGAAUUCAAAGAUGUCAAGUUGCCUGCCCAAGAUUCAAUUUUCGAUUACCAACUGGAUCUGCGGACAAAUAAAUUUCGACGCUGGUCAGAGUUGGCGUUGGAGCGAAAAAUCGAGCCAAUAGAUACUGAAAUGCCAAUACAAGCUUUGCUCGUACCCACAGCGGAAACAGUGCGACUCACAUACUUCUUGAAAUUGCUUAUUGAACGUAGGCACGCUUGUAUGCUGGUUGGCACUUCCGGCUGUGGGAAAAGCGCAAUUUUUCGUGAACUUUUCACUGCUUACGAGAGCGAACAAGGUGUAUGCGAAGCCGGUAGCGUAAUACAAAGGCAGCCGCUGGACUUAAAACACAGUAAACUUAUAUCGACUAGGCCACGCAGCAUUACCGUGCAGACAACACAUUUCAACUACUAUACCACAUCCGAGAUGUUCCAGAAGAUUCUCGAGCGGCCGCUAGAGAAGAAAUCGGGCCGCUGUUAUGCGCCAAGUGGCGCCAAUCGCCAUCUAAUUUAUUUCGUUAAUGAUCUAAAUAUGCCGGAAGUCGAUGUGUAUGGAACCGUACAGCCGCACACCAUUAUGCGACAAUUCAUGGACUACAGGCAAUGGUACGAUCGUCAGCGUUUACAGUUAAAGGAUAUACGUCAUUGCCAAUUUGUGGCUUGCAUGAAUCCCACCGCUGGCUCUUUCACCAUCGAUCCCCGACUACAGCGACAUUUUUGUGUAUUUUCCGUAUCAACACCCACUGAGGAUACGCUGCAAUUCAUCUUCGGCACAAUUUUACGCAGCCACUUGGAAAAUCCAUAUAACUCUUUCAGCAAAGAAAUUAAAAACAUGGGUGAGCUGCUAGUGCAGGUCGGCAUCGCUUUGCAUCGUCGUGUGGAAUACGCUUUCCUACCGACUGCGGUUAAAUUUCAUUACGCAUUCAAUCUUCGUGAUCUGACCAACAUAUAUCAAGGGCUAAUGUUUAGCUGUGGCACGCCGGCUGGUCAAGCAGACAACACUGUCAGUAGUGCGAUUUUGGCUAACAAUGGCACGAUCUGUACCAAGCCCGCCGACUUGAUACGGUUAUACGUGCACGAGGCAUAUCGUGUCUAUCACGAUCGCUUAGUGGAUCAAUAUGAUAUCAAAUCCUUCAAGGCGACAAUACGCGAUAUUUUCAAGAAGGAUUUUGAAGACUUCGAUGAGGAUUUCGUGUUCGCUGAGCCACUUAUAUACAGCCACUUUGCGCAGUCGCUUGUGGAUCAGAAAUACAUGCCACUGCGCAGUUGGGACAAGCUUCAUCAAUUGCUAAUGGAAGCUCAAGCCAACUAUAAUGAGGUCGUAGGGUACAUGAAUUUGGUGAUGUUCGAGGAUGCAAUGAUUCAUGUUUGUCGCAUUAAUCGCAUACUGGAGAGUCCACGUGGCAAUGCACUACUGAUUGGUGUCGGCGGUUCGGGUAAACAGACACUCGCGCGUCUAGCCUCGUAUAUUUCAUCAUUAAGUGUAUUCCAAAUUCAAUUAAAACGCGGUUUUGGCCUACAAAAUCUAAAGGAGGAAUUCGCCGCUUUGUACAUGAAAGUAGGCCUGAAGAAUGUGGCGUCGGUUUUUCUUAUGUCCGAUGCACAAAUACCCGAAGAAUCUUUGCUAAUGCUUAUCAAUGAUCUCCUGGCUUCAGGCGAGAUACCGGAACUCUUUAACGAAGACCAACUGGAGACAAUUGUCAAUGGUAUACGCAACGAAGUGAAGCAGAAUGGCACCCUCGACACUAAAGAAAACUGCUGGCGCUUUUUCAUAGAGAAAAUAAGGCGUCUUUUGAAAAUCGUUCUUUGUUUUUCACCGGUGGGGCAGACUUUGCGUGUGCGUGCACGCAAGUUCCCUGCAAUACUUAGCCGCACCAGUAUCGAUUGGUUCCAUGAAUGGCCCAAAAUCGCGCUUAAGUCUGUAUCGCAGAAAUUUCUCAGUGAAAUUGAUAUGCAAAUUUUGCCUCGUGACAUGGUCACACCUAUCGGUUGCUUUAUGGCCUACGUUCACCACACAGUCAAUCAGAUUUCGAAAAUUUAUUUGCAAAACGAAAAACGCUACAACUACACGACACCGAAAACGUUUCUCGAAUAUAUUUUCCUCUAUCGUAAAUUGCUGGUGGAGAAGAACGAUGAACAUGCAGGGCGAAUUCAACGUUUGCAGAGCGGUAUGGCUAAAUUGGCCGAGUGCGCUUGUCAAGUGGACGCGCUGAAGAACCAAUUAGCCAUCCAAGAAGUUCAACUAGCUGUAAAAAAUGCUGCUGCAGACAAGCUGAUCGUCAUCGUCAGUGCUGAGAGUGAGAAGGUAAAGCGCGAAAAAUCAACUGCCUCUGAGGAGGAGAAGCGUGUACGUAUCAUUGAAGAGGAUGUUUGCAUGAAAACGAAGUUGUGUGAGGAAGAUUUGCGCAAAGCUGAGCCAGCACUUGUCGCCGCCCAGGCCGCUCUGAAUACGUUGAACAAAAAUAAUCUCACCGAACUAAAGUCGUUCGGUUCCCCACCCAAAGCUGUGGUAAAUGUGUGUGCAGCAGUUAUGGUUUUGUUUGCAAAGAAUGGCAAAAUACCACGUGAUCGCAGUUGGAAGUCAGCCAAACUGAUGAUGGUGCGCGUUGAUCAAUUCCUCUUUGACUUAGUCAAUUACAACAAAGACAAUAUACAUCCAAAUAUUAUUGAAGUGUUGCAGGAAUAUUUGAAGGAUCCUGAGUUCAGUCCUGAGAAGGUUGUACAAAAGUCUGUAGCUGCGGCUGGUCUUUGCGCUUGGGUUAUCAACUUGCACCGUUAUCAUCAAGUGUUUCUCAUUGUCGGUCCCAAGCAACAAGCGUUGCAGGAUUCGCAAAAAGAAUUGCAAGAAGCACGCGAACGUUUACAAUAUCUGAAAGUAAAAAUUAAUGAAUUCGAAAGGAAGCUGGCAGAAAUUCAAGCGGAAUUUGAGGAGGCUGUAGCUGCAAAACAAAUGUGUCAACGUGAGGCGGACAAAACGGCAUUCACAAUAGACUUGGCACAUCGCCUAAUUAAUGGACUGGCCAAUGAGAAUGUACGCUGGAGGGAAUCAGUUCAGAGCUUACAAGAAAAAAUUGGUACACUACCUGGCGAUAUCUUGCUAAUUUCCUCCUUCUUGUCAUAUGUUGGCUGCUUUACAAGACGCUACCGGGAAGAGUUGCAGCAGAAGAUGUGGAUGACGAGCUUCGCUAAAAUUGAGCCUCUUGUGCCGCACACAAUGGGUGUUGAUCCUCUGACACUUCUGACCGACGAUGCACAAGUUGCGACAUGGAAUAAUGAAGGAUUACCCGUGGAUCGCAUGUCAACAGAAAAUGCAACCAUUUUAACCCACUCCACCCGCUGGCCACUGAUGAUUGACCCUCAGCUUCAAGGCAUAAAAUGGAUCAAAAAUCGAUACGGAGAUGAGCUCGUUAUUAUACGUCUUAAUCAAAAGGGUUUCUUAGAUGUGUUAGAAAAAUCAAUGGCUAAUGGCAAUCCUGUGCUGAUUGAGCAAAUUGGUGAAUCGAUAGACACUGUAUUGGAACCACUACUCAGUCGAGCUUUAAUAAAAAAGGGGCGUUAUAUACGCAUCGGUGGCAAGGAAAUGGACUUUAAUAGCAAUUUUCGACUGCUGUUGCAUACCAAACUACCGAAUCCACAUUACAAGCCUGAAAUUCAGGCACAAACUACACUAAUCAACUUUACAGUCACUCCGGAUGGGCUGGAAGAGCAGUUACUCGCUGAAGUUGUGAAAAUCGAGCGGCCUGAUUUAGAGCAAAUGAAGAUUGACGUAACUGUACAACAGAAUAAAUUCAAGAUUUCACUGAAAGCCUUGGAGGAUGAGCUACUUGUGCGUUUAGCAUCAGCCAGUACGAAUGUGUUGGACGAUCAUGCGCUUGUCAUAAAUCUAGAGGCGACCAAGCACACAGUAGAUGAGAUUGAGCUGAAGGUGAGAGAAGCGCUCAUAACGAGCGCACAAAUUGACGAAGCACGAAAUAUGUAUCGUGCGGCAGCAAAGCGCGCAGCCAUACUUUACUUUGUAUUAACCGAUCUCAGUCGUAUAAAUCCGAUCUACAAAUUCUCACUCAAGUCCUUUAUGAAUGUUUUCAAGAAUGCAAUUGCCAAUGCACCAAAGAGCAAAAAUCACGAGCGUCGCGUAAAUCAUCUGGUGGCCUCCAUCACGCUGCAAACAUUUAUCUAUACAAUGCGUGGACUCUUCGAAGCCGAUAAAUUGACGUUCACAUCACAUAUGAUCCUGCGUAUUCAAAACGCAGCUGGACAGAUUUCCAAAGAUGAAUUUGAUUUCUUGCUGCGCUUUCCACAUGACCCAAAUUCACUGUCUCCUCUGGAAUUUGUUAGUCGUAAGGCUUGGGGAGGCAUAAAGUCACUGGGCGCUAUCGAACAUUUUUAUGGCAUUGACAAGGACUUGGAAAACUAUCCAAAAAGAUGGAAUAAAUUCCUUGCCAGUGCAGCACCAGAACGAGAGCAAUUUCCGGGCGAGUGGAAGUAUCGUACGCCCCUACAGAAACUGUGUAUUAUACGGGCCUUACGUCCGGACAGAAUGUUGUAUGCCAUGAGACAAUUUGUGGAACUUACGAUGGGCAAGGAAUACACAAAAACGCAGAUACCAAAUUUUGCAGAAAUAUUCAAAGAAAUUAACGCCAAUACGCCGGUUUUGUUUAUUCUCUCACCCGGCGUCAAUCCCAUAGGCGAUGUGGAGCAACUUGGCCAGCAGUUGGGUUUUCGCGCGGACUGCGACUCGCUUAUUAAUAUAUCGUUGGGACAAGGCCAAGAGCAGCUAGCUGAAGAGGCAAUUAUAAAUGCUUUGGUCAAUAAGAAGCAAUGGAUCGUACUGCAGAAUAUUCAUUUAGUUGUUAACUGGCUUCCUUCUCUAGAGAAAUUAAUCGAACGCAUUGCCGCCGAAUAUGAGGUCAAUGAUGGCAAGACCAAUUCUAAUUUUCGCUUGUUUAUCAGUGCUGAGCCCGCACCAGAUCCAGAAUAUCACGUCAUACCGCAAGGCAUACUUGAGUCGUCACUAAAAAUUGUCAAUGAACCACCGUCGGGAAUGGCUGCCAAUUUACACAAGGCUUGGGACAACUUUUCACAAGAAUCUUUGGAAACUUGCACACAAGAGGCCGAGUUCAAAGCCAUACUCUUUGCGCUUUGCUAUUUUCAUGCUGUGUCGGGUGAGCGCUGUAAAUUCGGCCCACAAGGCUGGAAUAAGGCAUAUCCCUUCAACGUUAGCGAUCUCAUCAUUUCGGCCAAUGUGUUGCAUAAUUAUUUGGAAGGCAGCAGUCGCAUACCGUGGGAGGAUCUCCGGUACCUUUUCGGUGAAAUCAUGUAUGGUGGCCAUAUUACGGACGACUGGGAUCGUCGUCUCUGUCGCACAUAUCUCGAAGAGUUAUUGCAACAAGAGCUAAUUGACGGCGAUUUGGAAUUGUGUCCGGGUUUUGUCGCACCUCCUAAUCUUGACUAUCAAGGUUAUCAUAACUACAUUGACGAAAUGUUACCGGCCGAAUCACCUGUGCUCUAUGGACUGCAUGCAAAUGCAGAAAUAGGUUUCCUUACCAGUGCUUCCGAACAACUACUUAAAACCAUAUUCGAACUACAGCCACGCGAAUCUGAACUUUGCACAAAUUGUAGUGCUCCUAGAGAGGAGCUUGUGAAAAUCAUGAGCGAAGACUUUCUCGAUAAAAUGCAGGAUGAGUUCAAUUUACAGGCCUUGCUGAAUCGCGUGGAGCGUAAAACGCCAUUCGUUGUGGUGGCGCUGCAGGAGUGUGAACGCAUGAAUGCGCUGAUACGUGAAAUAAAGCGAUCGUUGCGCGAGUUACUGUUAGGCUUAAAGGGUGAACUCACCAUAACUCCCGAUAUGGAACGUCUGGAUCAUGCUAUUUUCUAUGAUAGCGUGCCGAUAACUUGGUCUCAGUUGGCUUAUCCCAGCACGCUGGGAUUACAAAGUUGGUAUGGAGAUUUGUUGCAUCGUAUAAAAGAAUUAUCGAGUUGGCUUAAUGAUUUUAAGCUACCCUGUACCAUUUGGCUCGGGGGAUUGUUCAAUCCUCAAAGUUUCCUCACGGCCAUUAUGCAAGAGAGUGCACGAAAGCAUGAUUUGCCUUUAGACCGAAUGUGUCUUAGUUGCGAGGUCACGAAAAAGGAGAAAGACGAUAUUACAUUGCCACCCGCUGAAGGCGCACUCGUGCAUGCUCUCUACUUGGAUGGAGCCAGUUGGAAUUGUCAGCUUAAUUCCAUUGUACCAUUGCCACCCAAGGAACUGUUUUGCGCCAUGCCGGUGAUUUAUAUAAAAUCUAUUGUGCAGGACAAACAGGAGUCGCAACGUAGCUAUGAGUGUCCUCUAUACAAGACAAGAUUGCGCGGCAGUACCUACGUCUGGACCUUCAAUUUGAGAACUCGUGAACGGCCAGCUAAAUGGAUUCUUGGCGGAGUGGCUUUAUUGCUACAGUCAUAAGUUUUUACAAUAGAAAAUUAUUGCUGAAAGUAUUAUACAGUAUGCAUACCAACACACAAGUACGACUAUGGAGCAAUUACGGAGCAGUUUUAUGAUUUGCUAAGAUUUCUCUUUGAAAAUGCUUAUAAGCCUUUG